UCUCUCUCUCCAACAGUAUUCCAAAGCACACAUUCAUUUCUCUCUCUCUCUCUCUCUCUCUCUCUCUCUCUCUCUCCACCCAUGGAAACCCCAACCCCCCAUGCCGCCAUCCUCUCCAGCCCCGGCAUGGGCCACCAAAUCCCCGUCCUAGAGCUAGCCAAACGCCUCAUCACCCAACACAACAUCCCCGUCACCAUCCUCGUCGUCACCACCCACACCUCCCCGGCCGAAUCCCACCUCCUCCACCCCCCGGCCACCACCUCUCCGAACCUCCUCCGCAUCGUCCAACUCCCUCCCGUCGACGUCUCCUCCCUCCUCGACCCCGCCGCCGCCGUCGUCACCCAUCUCUGCGUCAUGAUGCGCGCCGCCGUACCCUCCGUCCGCUCCGCUCUCCUCAGCUUACGCCCCCGCCCCACCUCCCUCAUCGUCGACCUCUUCGGCUCCGAGUCGCUACCGGUCGCCGACGAGUUCCGCAUGGCGAAGUACGUUUACAUCACAUCGAAUGCAUGGUUCGCUGCUCUCACCUGCUACUGCCACGUGUUGGACAGGGAGGUCGUCGGUCAGUACGUUGACCAGACGGAAAUGCUCAGGAUUCCCGGUUGCAAGCCGCUUCGACCGGAAGACGUGGUUGACCCGAUGUUGGACCGGAACGACCAGCAGUACAAAGAGUACGUUCGCAUGGGCGUAGAAUACUCGUCUGCCCACGGGAUGUUAUUGAACACGUGGGAAGAUCAGGAUUGUCAAUCGCUGAACGCGCUGCGUUCGAUCGUUGAUGUCCCGGUCUACCCUAUCGGUCCGCUUACGAAGGCCGCUGAACCGGAAGCUACGAACACCGAGUUGAUGGAGUGGCUCGAUCAGCAACCCGGCGAGUCGGUGUUGUACGUGUCGUUCGGUAGCGGGGGAACGUUGUCGGGUGAGCAACUCACUGAGUUGGCUUGGGGCUUGGAGAUGAGUCAGCAAAGGUUUGUUUGGGUGGUGCGCCCGCCCAUCGACGGACAGGCGGACGCGUCAUUUUUUAGUUCGGGCAACGGUGCCAUUAACGGCACUGUAGACUUCUUGCCCGAUGGGUUCGUAGACCGGACCUGCAAUUCGGGGCUAAUCAUCCCCCUCUGGGCCCCACAGAUGAAGAUACUGAACCAUCCAUCUGUGGGAGGAUUUUUGUCGCACUGUGGGUGGAACUCGACCUUGGAGUGUUUAGUCAAUGGGGUGCCAAUGAUUGCGUGGCCGCUGUACGCCGAGCAAAGAAUGAAUGCUGCGUUCCUGACGGAGGAGCUGGGGGUGGCGGUGCGGCCGGAGGUGCUGCCGACGAAGGAGGUGGUGAGGAGGGAGGAGAUAGAGGAGAUGGUGAGGAGUGUGAUGGAGUUUGAGAGGGGGAAAGGAAUGAGGUUGAGAGCCAAGGAGCUGAAAAUCAGUGGAGAGAAGGCCUUGAGCAAAGGUGGGUCCUCUUACAAUUCAUUGUGUGAGGUCAUCAAAGACAGCCAGCUGAGACCGGAGUCGAGAAAAUUCUAAGGUGGCCAUCGGUAGGGCAAUCGAUUCGACCGGCCAUUUCGGAAAUGACUUGGAUUUUAAUUUAAACAAUGGAUGAUUCGGAUCAAUAAAUGUUUAGAUUAAAUUGGAAUCAUCAUCGUUAAAAUAAAUGGCCGGAUCAAUAGCCUUACAGCCCUUGCAGUACAGGUUGCAGUGCAGCUCGCACCGCAGGAUUUUCAAAUUUUUCCAGGGCCUACUAGCACAAGUGAAGAAAUAAUUUUCACAUUCUAUUUUUCUACAAAUGGACUUUUGAAAUUUGUUGUUCGGCAAAAUUCUCUACAGACUAUGGAAAAAUCUGAUUAUCUAA